AAACCUCAAAAUGAUUAUAAAAAAGCUCAGCCCAAUUUUUUUUUAAAAUUGCAUUUCUGAUCUCUUUUCCUUUAGCUUUUUUUAAAUAUCUAAACAACCCUCCAAUUCAUCCUAACUACAAUGUCUUUAUUUCUCGCCAAAAAGCAAGAGGAUCUCAACCAAAAGAAAGUACGAGAUUUGUUACGUUUGAAGGAAAACAAGAAAUGCUUUGACUGUCCAACCAAGAGUCCUUUCUUUGUAAACACUACUAUCCAGACAUUUAUUUGUGCCAGAUGUUCUGGACUAGUUCGUGAAGUCGGUCAUCGUGUCAAGGCUAUUUCAGCUAGCAAGUUCUCUGGUGCAGAACUCCUCGCUCUCAAGCAAGGCGGUAACGGCAUGGCUAUCAAGAUCUGGCUUAGUAACUACAGUACUCAUGAUGCUCCUGAGCCUGAGUCCGAUGAUGAUAUCCGUGCUUUCAUGAGACAAAAGUACUAUGAAAACAAAUGGUUAGAUCGCGCCUUACUUCUUUCUCAUAAGGAAAAGGUUAGAGCCUUGCUUGCCAAGCAAUUCACUGAGGACGGUCUUCCUAUUGUCACAAAACCAAGAACCAAAUUGCUUUCAGGCUUUUCCCGUGUCCCUUUGAUUGCUGUUCAAAACCUCUUCCCAAUUCAUUUGAUAGUAUCAUUAUGGAAUUGUCAGGUCUCAAAUUAGAAAAGACCGUCCGUCGAGCAACCUAUAAUGGCGGUAUGUUAUCUCCUGCUGUUACUCCUCUAUCCCCAUCAUCCUCAACCAGUGCACUGAAAACAUCAGAAGAAACCAAAACAGCUCAACGC